UUCUUUGCUUUUGACCAUUUUCUUUGGAUAGCGGUUGAAGCCACGGAGCCAGCCAAACGCCGAUUCCAGAAAUAUAUGCAUCGUCUCUUUCCUUUUUCCCCUUUCUAAAAUUCGGAAUCUUCGUUAGUUCUUUCUCUUUGAAUCACCUUUCUUUCAUCUAGAUCAUAUUGAAUCCCUAUUCUUAUUGCUGAGGAAAGUCUGCGAUCAGACUCAAACAUGAAUAUCUUCUCCAAAAAACCCACCGCCAAAGAGGCCCUCAGACAGAGUAGACGAGACAUGACAAAUGCCACCAGAGGUAUUGAGAGAGAAAUUACAACUUUACAAUCCGAAGAAAAGAAACUUGUUGUGGAGAUAAAAAGAACUGCAAAAACAGGAAAUGAGGCUGCAACUAAGAUGUUAGCACGUCAGUUAAUCCAACUUAGACAACAAAUUUCCAAAUUGCAAACUAGUCGAGCACAAAUGAGAGGCAUAGCUACUCAUACACAGGCAAUGUCUGCUCAAUCAUCAGUUGCUGCAGGGAUGAAGGGAGCCACUGAUGCGAUGUCUGCAAUGAAUAAGCAAAUGGCACCAGCUAAGCAGAUUCAGGUUAUGAAGGAAUUCCAGAAGCAGUCGGCACAAAUGGACAUGACUUCAGAAAUGAUGUCCGAUAGCAUAGAUGAUGUUCUGGAUAGCGAUGAGGCUGAGGAAGAAACUGAUGAGCUAACUAACCAGGUCCUGGAUGAAAUUGGCAUUGAUGUUGCCUCACAGUUAUCUUCUGCACCAAAGGGGAAAAUCGCUGGUAAGAAGACUGAGGAAAUCAGCAGUUCUGGCAUUGAUGAUCUAGAGAAAAGGUUGGCAUCCUUACGAAACCCAUGAGCUGAAGAAUCGAUGAUGUGCUUCUUUUCUUGUCAAUCCUUACGAAACUUCACUUUCAAUAUGUGAAUUCCUUUAUGAUCUAUAGAAUUGCAAUUGUUCUAUCUUUUGGUUAGUUAUCUCUCCAAAGAUUGCUAUCUCACUUAAGCUUUGCUUGCAUCUCUGAUGUUGUAUUGAGAUUAUUGUAUUUGUAUAGGUCAAAACCAAAAUUAGAGUUUGAAUUUUCAAGAAGAAUUCAGACAAGUGCUUGAACAUUUUCUUUUUAAAGGCUUGAAUUUGUAUCAAUAAUAUUAUAAAGACUCUUGUCAUUACUUAUUUAAAUGUCUUCAAUAAGUGUCCUGAAUAAUGUUCAUUGAAUAAUACAAUCCAAUUGAUAAGAAUUGUCCAUUAUUCAA